UCAUUUGCGGGGCCACUGGGCACCAAGGGGCUUGGGCGGCUGCGCGGACGAAGCGGGCCGCAGCGGGAGGCGGCGGCCUGAGGCCGCGUCCAUCCACCCGCGGCAGUCGGGCGCGGCGGUGCGGGCGGGCGCUGGGCGUCGCGCUUGCUGUGAGAUCCUGGCGACGCAGGAUCCUCGGCGCGACACGCGCCGGCCGGGAAGGAGGCCAGGCCGGGCCUGCGGCUGCCGCGUUGAGUCCUGAGCUCACCAGGAGAGCCCCGCCGGCCCUCCUGCGUCACUGCAGCAGCCGGGCGGUCCAUGUCAGCGGCCAAGGAGAACCCGUGCAGGAAAUUCCAGACCAACAUCUUCAAUAGGAGCGAGUAUCAGAACUGCUUCAAGCCCCACGAGUCACAUCUGCUCAACGACGAGGACCUGAGGCAGGGAAAACUAACUUACCCUGAAAAUGUGCAAACAAGCACUAACAUGUAUCGACAGCCUCCAGCACGGAGCAGUUCUGUAAAGUCUAUACACUGCAUCUGUCCUACUGGCUGGGAGAACACACACCGACAUCUGUCCUGGCAGUGAGGGAGGGAGUAGCCCUCUGGGCACAGAGAGAAACCAUCACUGCACCCAGAGUGCACCUACUCUAGUAAAGAACAAGUCUGAGAGCUUGCACACUAGUGAGAUGGUCAGUUCCUCACUCUGCUCACAGUAAGGACAAGGCUGUGACUAUCAGCUGGGCCAGAGAGUACACAGCUCAACAGCAGGUUUUUAAAAAGAGAGCAGAGUCUUCUUCUUUCCACGUUAAAAACAAUCAUAAUAUGGUUCAGCUGACCACCAAGGACUGGGUUAUAUCCCGCUAUUCUCUGAAACUCAAUACUGUCUGAACUUUUUGGAAUCUCAUAGCCUUUUCUAUCUAAAUGUAUACUGUUACUCUCAUGGCUAAAAGUUACAGGGAGCAGUCUCUUUCUUUCAGUUGUGUUUCCAAUUCUUUCUGGUUUCCUACACUAUGACACUUUUAAACAAUUUAAAAAUCUUCCAGUCAGGCUGCACUCUCUGUUAACAAUUGGUUUUUAAUGCCCUAAAAUUCACAGCAUUUCCUGUGUGAAAAAUAAGAAGUCACAAUUUUAUUAAUCAUCAUCUGUUUGAAAGCCGUGCUAGUUUUAAUAGUUACUGUACUUCUCAACGUAUUUUAAAUGCCCAUUCAUGUGUCUUGUCUAACAUUCCCAGGUUUGUGCUAUUAUACAAAGCUGUAAAAGAAAUGACCAGGAGAAUCAAUGUACAAAUGGCUGAAUAAACAAUAAAGGUCCCAGCAGUUGUUUAGGACAAAACAGACCUGGCUGAGUCUCAAGUACCAAAGCAGGAAUCAUAAACAUGCCACA